UGAAAGACAGCAUUAAUAUGACUGAUUUGGUGAGCCCGGAGUAUCAGGGCUGCGUGGACGGAGCUCUGAUGGACGGAUUCAGUGUUUUUAUACAGGCUCUGUUGGCGGUUCUGGCUUUCAGCACUUUAAUGUAAUGACGCAUCACGUGGUUUAAGUGAAGAGGUUUCGUGAACCUGUUGGAAUAAGAAGACCUUGGAAGAUCUGGUUCUUUGACACUUCUAAACAAGCGGUCGGGGCUCUUUUCAUGCAUUUUGCCAACAUAUUCCUUUCCACACUCACCAAUGAAGAUCCCUGCUCUCUAUAUUUGCUGAACUUCUUGUUGGAUGCCACAUUGGGAAUGCUUGUGAUCUGGGUGGGAGUGAAAGUUGUUUCCAAAAUAGUGGAACAUAAACAGAUAACACUGCUAAUGUUCGGAGAAUAUGGUGAUCCUCCUCGAGUCUUGGCAUGGGUGGCUCAGUGUUCAGUGUAUUUACUCAUCGUUGCUCUGGAGAAAAGUGUGGUCUCUCUGGUGCUGCUCAUUCCUGGAUGGACCAAUUUGGAGGAGGUGGUGCUGGAUUACAUCCCAAACCCACAGCUGGAGCUGGCCAUCGUCAUGCUUAUCGUGCCUUUCAUAGUCAACUCUAUAAUGUUCUGGGUGGUGGACAGUUUAACAAUGCGCAAAUAUAAGAAGAUGACGUCUCUGGAAGGCUCACGCGACUCUCCGAAACAAGUAGACGCUUUGCCAGAUGAGAGCAAUGAUGAAGCUGAGGUGCUGCUAAAGAAAGAUGAUGAAGCAGCGGUGUGUUCUGAAGAGGAAGAUCACGUCACAACAGAAGAAGCCUUAAUACGAGUCAGCAUGGAGGUUUAACACACUUUUGGAAGUAUAGUUUACUUCUAAAUCGCUAAAGCCAGUGAGCUGCUUUGUUUUACUCCCUAUAUAGGCAACUACCUUCGAAGGCGGCUUCCUGAUUAGGAAAGAAUGGAUUUGGACCUUUAAUUAGGUGGAAUCUCAACGCAACCACACAAAUAGACCUAUUUAUGAAACAGGACUCCAGUUGUUUGUUGUUAGCAUGAUGCUAAGCUAACAACACAAUGGCAAAAUACUAAUACUAUGUUCCAGACAGCUCGAAACUUCCGUCUCCUACGUGAAAAGUCUGGAAUGCCAAUCUCAGUGGGACAUCUGACAUGUUAGCUCAGUGUGAAAUGUUACUUUAAUAUAUUUUGCUGCGGAAAUUGUAUGGACGUGCAAUAUAUGUUAUGUGGGUUAUAAGUGUGGUUUGUAUCAAUGUUUCACUUCGAAUUAGCAUUGCUAUAAACAUUUUGGGAAAAAUUUAAUGUUUAAAGUUUAAUUCUUGAAUUUGCCAAAUGAUUUAGUUAAGUCAUGGCGCCAUCUUGUGGUGUGAGUGGGACACACUGUAGUCGAAUAUUCGAAUAAUUGUAAUAUUUUUACUUGCGACUUUAUAUUAAACGCAACAUAAGAAUAAAAGUAUCAUAGUACUUUUUAGUAGUCUUUGUGUUGGACGCGUGCCUAUGAUGAACAAAUAAUGGUCCAGUUUAUUUUUUGUACAUCACACCAAACGUACAAAGAACAUAUUCUUUUAAAUAUGUUAUUUAUGGGAGCUUGUUUCUGCCUCUGAUUAAAAAGUCAAAAAAGUAAUUUGCAUCAUUUCUCCUGUAAUUACACACUCAGAUCUCGCAAUUCUUAUGGGUUUGUAUAUUAUAUCAGCUUGCAGUCCUGACCUUUUUCUUAAAGUUGGAAUGAAAAAAAUGUUUUGGAUAGAAUUGCUUGAAAUUAAUUACAUUUCUCGUAAUUGUGCGUCAAAAUCAGAGACGUGAAUUAACAAUUGUCAGAAAUAUAUUAUAUUCAUUUAGACUUUUAUAUGUCACAAUUUAGACUUUUCUCCCCAGCAAUAGACUUGCAAUUCUAAUUUUUCUUUGAGAACUUUGUAGAAUAGAAGUUGUUUGUAAAGAAACCAGAAUUGCAUUUUAUAAAUAUGCAAAAGAGAAUUUAGAAGUCAAUUCUGGCUUUAUAACUCUGUUUUUCUUACUUUUCUUUAAGAAUUAAACUUUGUAAAAGAUUAAGUUUAAAUUUCAAAAUUGUUAUGAGUUAAGAAGUCAGAAUUGAAGAUUCAUAAACUAUUUUGAGAUCACCUUUUUUCAGUUAGAGCAAUGUGCUUCUAUAGUUCUCUGCCAUCAUAAUGUUCUGAAAAUUUACUAAAAGAAAUAUUUUUGUUGUUGGUUUUAUUUUAUUUGUUGUUCUUUGUUUGUUUGUUUGUUUGUUUGUUUGUUUGUUUGUUUGUUUGUUUGGUAAAUCCGAGUUAUAUUUUUGUUACAUAUUCUGAACAUUCUAAGAACAAUGUUCAGUGAGGAAAUCCUGUCUAGUUUGGCAGCUUAGUAGAUUUAGGAUCUGAUUUAACAUUUGAAACAAAUGCAAUUUGAAAUUCCAUAUCUAAACCUCCAUUUCUUUAUUCUGUUAUGACACUGACAGCUCAUAUUGCAUAUGAGACCAUUUUAAGAAAGACUAUAUAUUAAGAAAAUGCAUGGAAAUUCUGUAUGUUUAAAAUGUGUUAGUAUUACUUGUAGAUUCAGUAAAUUAAAUAUGUGGUUAAAUGGUCAGCAUUUGACAAGCCUAAGCCGAAGUUAUACAUUUUACUGUAACCUAAAACUCAUUCAGAGCCAAAUAUAAGAGUUGAGAGAGAGAAGUGAGACAGUGACUUACUUUUUAGAUAAUUUGUAUGUUAAUGUAAAAGCAGCAGAAGAUAAUAAAUAGCAUUGGAGUUCUUAAAGGCAAACAUUCUCAGUUCAUACUUCUGAGAAGUUAAUUUCAAAGUAGAGAAGAUUAGAGAGGAGUUUCUCCUGAUUAUAGACAUUCGCACUCUUCAACUGUAGACUAAAGAGCUUGUGUUAGCUGUGAAGAACACCUCAACUCACUGCAGUCGGAAACAGGCCAGAUUUCAUAUUUAUUCAGCUAUUGAAAGCAUACAAAAGUUCAUAAAGACAAAGAAUUACUUUUUUAUGACAGAAUGUUUGUUCUAUAAACUAUUGAUCAAAAACUAUUUAAAUAAAACGUGUUUUAGUUCUUUAUUUUCCCGCCAAAAAAACAAGGUGCCAUGUUUUAAGACAUGCUUAUAUACUUUACACUUUUUUAGACAUAAUACCAAAGUUUUUACUUCUAAAUAGUUAAGUGAUCAACAUUUUGUAGAAAAAGUGUAGUUUUCAAUCACAGCAAAUGAAAACUUUUGUUAUUCUGAUCAAAUUGUUAUUUUCCAGGGGGAAAACUAUUUUUUAUUUGCAAUGUGUGUGUGAAUAUACUUUUAUAUUCAGUGUUGAAUAAACCAGCCUCAUCUAAAAAGAAAACAUAACUUUUUUUACAUACUGCCAAAAAAUUUGGCUAAUUUAUAUGAUUUCAUUCAUAUAAACAACUAUUUUUAAAAGGAGGCAUGUCCCCAAACCCUAACUCAACAUCAUUGGUGGAUGAGCAAACUGUAAUAAAAUGUACAAAUGAGGUUGGACAAAUUCAUAUGAAUUAGCUAACAUUAUCUCACAAGAAAACUUAACUAUUUUACGUUUUGUCAGUUUAGUGGCUAAUAUCAGUCAUAUGAAAAUGUAAGAUUUUUUAAAAGUAGACAUGGCACCAAACUUCACCCCUAAACCCAAUCAUGAUUGUGUGAUGAGCAAAUUGUACUAAAAUGUAUGAAGGACAUCGCAUAAAUUGAUACAAAUUAGCCAUUAAACUAAAAAUGACGAAUUGGCUUGAGAUAGUGUUGGAAUUAGAUGCUAAAUCAAAAGUUGUGUGUUCCCAUGAGAUUGCAUUAAUUUUAACCUGUAAUGUUUGAAAAAUGUACCUUAUUCCAUUUUGGUAUAAUAGUUUUAAUUUUUUACGGCUGCAACAUCGUGCACAUAUUCUGAUAACCAAUUUUACUUAAGAAGUGUAUAUGUUGACAUAUGUUGACAGGAAUUGUCAAGUUUUGUCUUUUAAAUUGAUGAAAUUCAGUUCGCACAUGUCGUUUCUUCAACAUGUUUCAGGAAACAUUUUUGAUAUUGAAAAAUAUUCUCUUGAUGCUUUUUUACGAUGUAAAAACAAUAAAAAAAUGAAACCAGA